AUGAACAAACUAGGGGAAACGCAUAACCAUGCAACUGGUGCACAGACGACCAACUUCCAAAUAAAGAUCGUUGAUGCUCAUCCAGCCAGCACUCAGGGUGCGGUGAUAUACAGUCAAACUUCCACUAUGGGAUGGCGCUUCGGUUAUUAUUACUCCAAGAAGUCCAAAAGUGCUGGUUUUUACUUCGAUCCUGCGAAGACCAACAACGCAGUAAAAGCGGUGACAGUCAAGGUUUCGUUCGCCUCACCGAACCUGGUCGCUUCGAGUGCAUCACCGGCGAUUAACAUUAACUUGCCAUCAUCCUCGAGCCAGAUCCUACUGGCCCCCCGAUCUCGAGAACAGGUUGUAGCAUAUUCCAUAGUUUUCUUUGAAGUCAUUCCGCAGUUCAAGGACUCGACCCCCGAUAUCAAAGAACUGUCGACCAAUCAGUUGGCGUCAACGCCAGAGCUUGAAGCAUAUGCUCCUACCACUGUAGAGCCUGUCACAGCUGACACUGUCAGUGAUCCGUUAGAUAUCCCUGUCCCUGCCCCUACAGUGGAGAACUUUGCAACACCUAUCACCAGCGCCCUCCCAUCAUCGCAGUCUGAACCUGAUUUGGAGAAAAUAGAGAAAAGGGAAGCAGAGUCGGUCGAAGAAUUCAAAGAGUUGGAUCGUUUACCGUCGGAGAAAAGGGAAGCAGAGUCAGUCGAAGAGCUUAAAGAGUGGGACUGUUCGCCAUCAAAGGCAGAAAGAUCAUCAUCAUCAAGCGGGUCCGAGUCCUCGAUAGGAUCAACCGAAAAUUGGGUGAAGCAGCUGCCAGUGGAGGAACCAGCUGACCCGUUGGAGCAGGUGGCGGUGGAAACUCGCGAAGAGGUAAAACCAGGAGAAUUUUCAGACGAGUAUCACCAAAAAUCAAACAUGUCGCCUUCUGAAGCACUAGCGGAAUCAUUGCGAAGUGGAGUCUUCAUUGACACAAAGUUUUAUGUAUAUUCCCAACGCGGUCGCAAAGGGGGAGCUAAAAUGCCAGUAUCAAUUUUUGCAAACAGUAGCAUCUUGCGGGCAAGUUCAGUGCUUUUGAGAUAUGAGCUUGAACACACUCGAGCCUUCCACUCCUGCAUUGCCGAAUUAGACGAUGAUUCCGUCAUGAGAAGUAAGGAUGACGCAGAGUACAGCUAUGAGAACGAUAGUGACUUGGAUGACACCGAGAACCACGCAGAUUUAUCAGAUCUUGAUGAUAAAUCCUCUUCCAGCGUCAAGACAUUUGGGAGUGAUGAAUUGACCCUAAUCCCUCCUGCGCGUCCUGUUCCAACCUUUCGGAUAUCAGGCAGGACGCUGCUCGUAAAAGAUUACGCCUUUAAGACAUGGCAAGCACUUAUAUUCUAUCUCUAUACGGGGGCCAUAGCCUUUUCCAAUCUCAAGUCCGAGGAAACGACAAAUAUGGCAGAUACAUGCACCCCAUUCCCUUGCUCACCCAAGUCUAUGUAUCGUCUCGCUGACAAGUUCGGCCUCGAGGACCUUAAAGAACUUGCGUUUCGAUCGAUAUGCACAAAGGUAACAAAGUGCAACAUCGUUGAUGAAGUAUUCUCCAAGUUUACAUCUCAGUAUCCUGCUGUUCAAGCCAAGGAACUGGAAUUGCUAGUCCAACACAUGAAUUCGCCAGAGGUUAUCUCAGCAUUACCUCGCAAAUUUCACAGUAUCGCGAGAGGUGAUCUUCCGCACUGUGCGGAUGUAUUAACGAAUGUCUUCCUCGAACUGGCCGAUGGGGGGGCUCCCCAAGUCUGAUCGGCUUUUAUACUCUUUGUAUCUUGAAUGUAGCCAUAGUUCGCUCACAUUGUGUACUAUCAACUGUAAUAUUUU